CUGCUGGUGAGUGAGUGCGUGUGAGACGACUGUCUCUUCUCCCGACCGCCUCUGCCCAUCAUGGCCGAGAAGAAGGAUGAGACGGUGGGAGAGGACGAACGCCGAGGUCCUCGGAGACACUACACGCAUGCUAGCACGCCCUCGGCGCUCCCCUCGUUUGCGUCGGGCAUUCCAACCGAUCUGCUGCUGGCCCUGCUCCUCGACAAGACGCUCCUCGCUUCAUCGGCUCUCCUGGCCCGGCACUGGCUUCUGACCGGCCAUUCCGAGGCAGUGCACAACCCUAUUACCGAUACAAAUGUCACCAUCGAUGAUUCUGAUAGUGGUGCAGCGGCGGUCGCCAAGGCAUCGUCGGUUGCUACAGGUGUCGCGUCGCCGUGGGCCAUCGCGACGACAAUCUUCAUCUUGGCUGCUAUCGCCCAGACGGCCUGGUUCCGCUCCUGGCAGUGGAUCCCGGCACUAAAGCGAUCAGACCCCCAGAUGAAGGUCCUACCGAAGAAACUUGCCCUUCUAGGCUCCGUCAUGUUCUUCUCUGUCGUCCUGUGGCUCGUUGCGCUCGAGCGGCUAGGCGCGACGACUGUCAUUCUCUUUACCCAAUUCUGCGAGGUAUGGGCCGGCGAUCUAGCCCGGUCGAUGAAGUCCAGGGCCCAUGGAUCAUACAUCAUCCUCGCCGCCCUGCUCAUUUCCUUCAUCACCCACCUCAUCUUCCCGCCGACGGGCAAAAACCCCGCCGAGGAGUCUCUUUUAGGUCCCUCAGGUGAUAUGUGGCUCGACGAAGACCUCAACGAGCUGCCGCCCUCGCUUCGGCACCAGCGACCCAUGGGCCUGGCCAGUCCCUCUGCGCUCCGCGCCGCAUCGCUGCAGGCCGACCUCGAGGCAAAGAGCUAUUCGCCAGCGGGCGUGCUCCUCGGCCAUCUCUGCUUGCUGGUAUUCGGCUUGCUCUGUGUCGAGCGGGACCGAGCGUCCGUAGCAGCCAGCACAGAGGCAGGCGGACGAAGACGGGCGCAGGUGCUGGCAUGCACCGCGACGGCGGCCGUCGCAGCAGUCAUCGGCCUCUUUGGGACAAUCUUGGGACUGUCGACCUUUCCGCCGCUCGAGACUUUCUCGCCCAACUUUCACAGCAGCGCAGGGCCAACGUAUACCGCGCCAACCCAGUCAGGCCACCUGCCCGCAUACAUUCUCCUCUCACUUUCCCUCUUUAUCCUAGAACCGCUCGUGGGGGCUGCAAUUGAGCCCCACGCCAACGCCACGGCGAGAGUCACCCAGGGCUGGCCCCUGGCGGUGGGCGCCGUCGUCAUUGUGGGCAAGGUCGGCUUUGGCCUGCCGUGGAAGUGGAGCGAUGCCAUCGUUGGCGCUAUUGCCGGAUGGGGCCUUCGAACGAUUCUCAAGACGUCGCCUGUCUAUGCAGAAGAUGAUGACGAUGCGACGGCCGAUGGCAGUGCCGGAGCUUCAAGGCCUACACACCGGCGAAGCGUGUCUGAUGGAGCGGCCCUCAUCGAGGUUUUGGUCUCGCUGAAGUCCUUCCUAGGCAGCCUCAGAGCAACCGUCAGCGUCAUUCUGGCCCAGCCAGAUUCUCGCAAGAUCUUUCAAUUCCUCUGCCUCAACCUCGUCUUCAUGGUUGUGCAGCUCAUCUGGGGUGUGUGGACCAACUCGCUCGGCCUCAUUUCCGACGCCAUCCACAUGUUCUUUGACUGUGCCGCCAUCGGCAUGGGCCUCUUUGCCGCCGUCAUGGCCUCUUGGAAGACAGACAAGACGUUUACUUAUGGCUAUGGACGGGUAGAGACGCUGAGCGGCUUUGCCAAUGGCGUCUUUCUCAUCCUCAUUUCCGUCUUUAUCGUCUUUGAGGCCGUCCAGCGGAUCAUUGUGCCACCCGUGAUGCACAACACGAGGGAGCUUCUCAUCGUCAGUGGCAUGGGUCUCGGUGUCAAUCUCUUUGGAAUGUACGCCAUGGGCGGGCAUCAUCACCAUCACGGCCACUCGCACGGCCACGGACACGAUCAUGGCCACGGGCACGGGCACGAUCACGGCCACGGUCACUCGCACAACAUGAUGGGUGUCUACCUCCACGUUAUGGCCGACACGAUGGGGUCCGUCGGCGUCAUUCUCAGCACGCUCCUGAUCGAAUGGUACGGCUGGACGGGCUUCGACCCCAUUGCCUCUCUCUUUAUCGCAUUCAUGAUCGUCGCCUCGGUCGUGCCCCUCGUCGUCGACGCGGGCCGCAUUCUCUGUCUGGACCUGGGCGAGGAGCGGGAAAAGGAGGUGCAAGAGGCCCUCGAGGCCCUCGACGCAAUCGACGGCGUCGCCUCGUGGUCCGAGCCCCGCUUCUGGCCAAAGGACGCAGAGACGCUCGUCGGGACGAUUCGGGUGCAAGUCCGGGUGAGAGAGAGGGCAAAUGGAAAGGACCACAGCGGAGGUGGAGAGGGAGUCAAGGCAGCUACUGCCUCGGCCACUUCCAAUGGCACGACGGCGACGGUGACGACGAUGGGUCUGCUGGAGCCCGUGUGUGUGCCCGAAGAGGUGGCGGCGUCGGUGGAGGCACUCUUGAAGAGCCGCAUCGAAGGCCUCGAGAUGCUCUCGAUUCAGCUUGAGAGGGGCGCCCCGGGCGGCAGCGUAGAGGACAGAGUCGAGGCUGUCUCGUCGUGACA